AUGCUUCUGGAAAACGUCCUUUUCAUGAAGCAGCUCAGUGUGGGCAUCUUGAAUGUACAAACUUUUUGAUAGAAAACGGGGCAAAUGUUAACGCGUUAAAGCGUGGCGACUGGACACCUUUAAUGUUAACGGUGGCUUCAUGCGUCUCUGGUUCUACCUCUUUUCCAAAAGUAAAUCAGCACUUGGAGAUUUUGCGGUUGCUGCUAAAGCAUGGAGCCGACGUUUCUGCCGUCAAUAAGGAUGGGUGGAAUUGUCUUCAUGUUCGUUCAUUCUUUAGCUGUCCUUUUGCUUCUAAUGUUCACGUUUGUACUGCGAAAAAGUUAUAUGUAGUUUUAAUGCUGCUGGCAUGUGUAACCAGACCUAUUUAAUCAGGAAAAGAAAGCAUCGUCAAACCCGUGUAAAUGGUCUAGUGACCACUUCGUGCUUCAUUCUGCAGCUUUCUGGCCUUAUUUUUGGUCUGAACAGUAGUAGCUCAUAACUUCUAACCCUAAUAGCAAAAAUUGGCGUUUCGAGCUCGCGAAUGUACGCGUUAGCGCCCCCAACCCUAUCUGCGAUUUGAUUGGUCGAUACGUGCGUCUCGUUAGCACUGCCAGUGGCGCAGUCGGCGGCGUGCACUGACGCAUGAAAAUCGAUAUCAACCGGUGCACCCGAUGCUCGACCGGGCUCAGGCAGUCCCGGCGCGCCACUUCCUGCUCUGCCACCUUGCCGUGCGCACGCUCAGUUUGGCCUACAUCGUUUUCGUGCUUUCCUGGCCCUGCCCUCUAACUGUUUUUCUUUUUUUGUGUCUAUUAUGUGGAAGGGUACGGAACUGCAGACGAUGGGUACCUUACUGUAGACGCAUAUUGCGAAUGUUUGUAGAGAAGUAUGCAGUCCUUUAUGGGAAAGGAGAAAUGGUGUACAAUGUUCACAGCAUUCUGCACCUACCGGAUGAUGUCUUACGACAUGGUCCAUUAGAUAGCUUCUCAUCGUUUCCUUUCGAAAGUUACCUAGGUAGUCUCAAACGGUUGCUAAGGAAGCCGUCACAACCGUUGCAGCAAGUAGUGCGUCGAUUAGCUGAGCAACAGAGUGUAAGACGUGAUAUCUGCAUUCCAACAGAAUGGACAUGUAGGCAUCAACAUUCCGAAGGUCCACUGCCAUCCACUGAUGGAUCGGCUACGCAGUAUAAACUUAUACAAAAAGGCAACUUGGUCAUUGGCACAGAGCCCUCGGAUGGUUCUGUCGCAAUUGACGGAAAGUUAGUCAGUAUCAAAAAUAUUGUACAGGACCCAUCAGGUCAAUUGCAAAUAGUUUACGUCAACUAUUGUGCAAUAGAAGACCACUUCGAUUAUCCCAUUAGGUCCUCAGCCGUUAAUGUUUUCAAGGCUAGGUUAGACACCGAUAUUCACAACCUUAUAAGGUUUUCCGGCAGAAACCUUAAGGCCACCUGUACCUCCUUGUUGCGAAUUUAGUGAAUAUUUUUGUAGCUUUUUACUUAUUUCAUCUGUACACAUUUUUCUAUGCUAGGCAUGUGUGCCGUACACAACAAGUAUUCGUUAACAGAGGUAUUAUUUUUCUGUGGAAUUACUUGCAAAUUUCACCCAGAUCUAGUCUCAUAUUACGUUCAUUUUUUCCACAUAGCUUGCUAGCAGGGGCGGUGUUGAGACAAUUAUUUAUGAGUUAACUGCAUUUUGUGCGGCUUUGGUUUCUGGAACGACGAACAAUGGUCGCACUCCAUUGCAUUGCUUAGCUCUCUCAAAAUCUGUCCAACCGGCCGCAAGCGCUCGGAUCGCACACAACUUCCUCCUCCAGGACAGCCGGCUGUUAUACUCUGCUGAUGCUUGUGGUUGCCUUCCCAUUAUGGAUGCCCUACGCCAGGGAAAUUUACAACUAGCUCGUUACCUUUUGGACGAGUCAGUAGACUCCCCGGCAGUUUUGCUCCUUCGGGACAAACUGGGCUUUCAGGCCAUUCACAUAGCAGCCGAAGCUGGCCAAGUGAGUAAUUACCAUAUUUUAAACCAUGCAGUCUUUUGCGUAACUGUGGAGGUAAAAUUUUCUGAUGUGUUUUCUAUGAUGUUCCGUCUACUCUGGUUCAUGGAUUUAGUGUUGACUUGAUGAUAGAUAUUAGUGUCUUGAAGACUGCGCCCAGUUUUUCUUUCGCAUACCUCAGAUACUUGUUGGGCCCCUAAAACAGUUUCAUAUUUGGUGACAAUGCUCCCCACGUUGUAAGUGGGUACCUUCUGCGUUAAAAUGAAGUGAUAGUGAGAUAUUUUACUGGCAGCAUCCUUUUAUUAGAUCAAUGACGAUUUUGCACCUAUCUCAUUUCCACUCACAACUCGAAUCUAGUCAGAAGACGACUUCGAUCGGCAGCCGCGGAGUCACUUCGAUAUCUGCUCGCCCGCCGGACGGGAUGAUCGGGAAUGUAACCAUACACGCAUUAUGGACUGGAAUUAGCUAAUAUGUGUUGCAUUUUAUACACGAAUGUGUAAAACACUUUUGUUAACAUGAGGAAGUUUUGUGAGAAGAGGCAUGACCUCUCAACUGUUGAAUGAUCGACCAUUUCAUGUCUCCCUUUGUUCAUUCUUCUGUUAACCAAAACAGUUGCCACCUCACAACCAGGUUCCAUUUCAUAUUUUCAUGCAUGCCACAGAUGCAGAGGCGCGGUAUGCCCCCUAUUCGGUUCUCAACUGACCUCUUUGGUGCCUUCUUCUCAGGUCGAAAGUGUUCAGUUUGUGUUUGAUGCUGCCGGCAAGGAGAGCGCCGUAUCUGUAACUAUCGCCGAAGGUGGUCCCAGCCUCAGUCCGCUGCAUUUGGCAUGUCGGGAGGGUCACCCGGAGGUGAUAAACCUCUUGACUGACGCCAUUUGUAACCUCUCAACCGACACUCCAUACCUUUUCCUGCUGCCUCUUGAUGGUAAUGGCCGCUCGCCGCUCUACUACGCGGCCAGUGGCGCCGCAGGUGUUGGAUUCGUUGGUCUUCGUCGCCGUUUAACUUGUUUCAAGGACCUUGUCAGCGCAGUCGUCAAUCUUCUUUGCAGACUGUCUGAACCACUAAAGACAACAUUGAAGCGACGACUUGAGUCCUCCCUGAUUGAAGCUGAGUCACUUGGCAUUACGGAAUUCACGAACCUUGUGGGUGUCAUUAGAAGCGAACUUAUUAAUACAACUAACUCUGGUUAA